UCAGUAAACUACAGCAGAAUGAUGGCCCUCAGAGGUCAGCAUCUCAGCAUCCUGUCGGCCAUCUUGUAGUGGGAGGACAGAUUGAUGCGGUGACACGCGGAAUGUUUGGUGCUACCAGGAAGAAGUUCAUGGAGGGGGGGAUCGAGAGCGAGUACUCUUCGGACGACUCCAGCCUCUACUACAACCACACGUCCAUGUUCGCUCCUCACCGGGCCGACAAAGACAUGCUGUCGUCUUCCUCCUCAUCCAGUCAGCUGUCGCAGCUGGGAGCCAGUUUAUACGCCCCACAGAGUGCUCUGGGUUUCCCCAUCCGUGGGAUCAACAGCAGCGCGGCGCCGCAGCUCAGUCGAAGCUCGCUGACCCAACCCGCCGGCCAGCUCUCCAAUCACACCAGUACUCCCAACUCCGGACCGCUGCACACGCCCUCGUCGCCCAACAGGGCCUCCAUCAUGCCCUUAACCAGCAGCCGCAGCGUUCUGAACCACAACCAGCAGGUGGGCGGUCCCACGGGGCAGACGGGCGGAGGAGAGCGAGGCGGCGGCGCAGGGCGGAGCGCAACCAUGGGGAGUCCCAGCAGGUCGUCUCCCAGCAUCAUCGGCAUGCCCAAACAGCAGCAGGCGCGAUUCUCCUUCAACAGGAAUCCAGGGUUCAACAUGAGCAACUCCUUAACCAGCAACAUUUUCAACGGCACAGACGGCAGUGAGAAUGUGACGGGGUUGGAUCUGUCCGACUUCCCGGCGUUGGCGGACCGGAGCCGGAGAGACGGGAGUUCGAACCCGACCCCGCAGCUGAACCCGCUGGCCGGCCGGGCGCCCUACGGUAACACACAGACGAUACAGAACAUCCUUGGCAUGGUAACCAAGCCAUCCAGCGAACAGUCGCAGGACUUUUCGAUCCAUAAUGAAGAUUUCCCAGCUCUCCCCGGUCCAAACUACCAAACUAAAGAUCCCAGCAGCAACAGCGACGACAAAACGAACCUGAACUCGUCGGGAAAGGCGUCUUCGAGCGCCGACGGUCCCAAGUUCCCCGGCGAUAAAAGCUCGGCUCCGAGCAACAACAACCAGCAGAAGAAAGGCAUCCAGGUUCUUCCCGAUGGCCGAGUGACCAACAUUCCCAUCGGCAUGGUAACGGACCAGUUUGGAAUGAUCGGCUUGUUGACGUUCAUCCGGGCGGCAGAGACGGAUCCCGGCAUGGUUCACCUAGCGCUGGGCUCAGACCUCACCACACUGGGCCUGAACCUCAACUCACCUGAGAAUCUGUAUCCUAAGUUUGCGUCUCCGUGGGCGUCGGCGCCGUGUCGGCCGCAGGACAUCGACUUUCACGUCCCGUCAGAGUAUCUAACCAACAUCCACAUAAGGGACAAGCUAGCAGCCAUUAAGUUGUCUCGGUACGGUGAAGAUCUGCUGUUUUAUCUCUACUACAUGAACGGAGGAGACCUGCUCCAGCUGCUGGCUGCAGUAGAACUUUUUAACCGGGACUGGCGGUAUCAUAAAGAGGAGCGGGUUUGGAUAACGCGGGCCCCUGGGAUGGAGCCCACGUUAAAGACCAACGCCUACGAAAGAGGGACCUACUACUUCUUCGAUUGUCUCAACUGGAGGAAGGUUGCCAAGGAGUUUCAUCUUGAAUAUGACAAACUAGAAGAGCGACCUCAUGUUCCCUCCACUUUCAACUACAAUCCUGCCCAGCAGGCCUUCUGAUUGGCUCUUCCUCCUUCCUGACUGCCUGCCAUUGGCCCUCCUGGCUCAUCAGUCCCGCCCCUGGAGGUUUUCCCGCCUCUGCCACUCACAUGAAUCUGGCCUGUAAGGACUCAGGACGGUGCCCACCUCUCUGACAGACUUCAUCAUUUUACCUUUUUCUCUUUUACGUUUGUCUUUUACCUCAUUUCUGUUUUUAUUUUAUUCCCGCUUCUUCUCCAUGACUUGUUUUGGCCUGGUGAGUGAAACAGACAGAGCUGGUAACAACUCAAACACUGACUGUUGUUUUCUAAAGAAGUUUUAACAGAGAAAACUGGGUUUACUCGCCCGUCAGGAUGGAGAAUUUUUCACUCUGUGGUGCAGAAGAAGCUGAAAAUAUUUUUCGUUUUUACCAGAAUUACAGAUCAGGACACGCAUCACCACUCAGUGGGCAAUCAGGAGACAAAAUGCAAUGUACAUUGUAGCACUAUUUCAUAAUAAAAGAGAAAAUAUACAUA